AUGGUGUCUCUAACCUAUGUGGCAUCCAAUCUCGUCCCACUAUUAAAUGGCACCGCUAACGCCAUUGUCGUCGCCGAUUAUAUCUACAACCAGUUUAGUGCCGUGCAGAAUAGUUUCACAGACGCAGCUCAUGCCAUCGACAAUAGUUACCAGCUCUUCUGGACCUACCUCGUCUUCGUUAUGCAACUAGGCUUCGCCAUGCUCUAUGCCGGCUCAGUUCACGCCAAGAGCACCAUGAACAUAAUGCUCACCAACGUGCUGAAUGCAGCCGUCGGUGAUCUAUUUUACUAUCUCUUUGGGUUUGCCUUUGCCUUCGGUUCUCCUUCCAACCGCUUCAUCGGUCGUCACUUCUUCGGCAUGAAGGUGUUCCUGUCAGAGUUGUUCGAUUACAGUAACUUCCUAUAUAAAUGGGCUUUUGUCGUCACUGCUACUGGGAUGAAAAUCUAUACCAUAUAG